AAUUCUCUCCCGAGGAUCUAAAUUUCUUAAUGACACCCUUGAUAUAGCUUUUACUCUUCGAUAUGGCGGGUUAGAUCUAAUAUCAAAUACAACAUUAACAGAAACUCUCAUAGCAUCCACCCUAUCACCAUAGACACUGAAGGGAUCUUUCGAGCGUAUCAUAUCCAGAGAGAAAGUUUCUCGAGUCAACCAUUGUAGUAUUCUAGCCUCCCAUGACAACAAUUCAUUUGACUCUUUGGAACGCAUGCAAAGGUUUCAAAAAGGUUUGCUGGGUAAAACCUCUAGACGAUUUACUAAAAGAUGCGGCAGCUAUUUAUUAAGCGCCAAAACCGCUCAGGCGUACUUCAAAGAGCAAAAUGGGCUCUAUACCUAAAGAAGCAAUGGGGCCAAUUGAUUGAGGAAAUCACGGAGCUGGUUGACAGCCUGGUCGAGCCUUUUCCAGCCACCCAUUCGUCUCAGCGUGAGAUAUGCGAAAUGGUUAUUUCCGCCAUGGAAAAGGAUGGAGGUAUUUCCGGUUUAAGAGAGAUUGCCGCUGCUCAAGACAAAUUCUUGGAGCAAGCGAUUGCGAAGACAACUGAUGGUGUGAACAAGUCCUACCACAUCGUCUUUUCAAGCAGCGGUAACACUGAUUUUUAGCUCUGCUAGAACUCUG